UGAGGUAGGAAUUGGAAAAAUCAGAUCUUUCUAAUAAUGAUCGAAUAAGAACAUGACUAUUAUACAAGUCUCAAAUCGAAUACUGGUCGUUUCAGUUCCUUCUCCUUGGGGCAUGAUGAUGUCCAAUACAACUCCACGAUUUUGCAAAGCCACUCCCUCGAAAUCCAAUACCAACACACCCACUUCCAUUGUUCAAGCUUCUCAUUCCCAAGUUCGUGUCUUUGUGAGGAGAAACAAGAGACCCAGAGACAAUGACCAUCUUCCCUCUACCCAGGACAACAAGGUUUCGGCUACAAAGAAGCUUGGCGUACCAGAAAUUGAAGAAUUUGCGUACUGUGGAACAAAUGAAUUGACUCAGUGUAGGAAAUCUGAAAUGGACUCAAAUGUGAUUCCUGCAGCAAGUGAAGUUACUUCUCCAAGACCCUCUGGUGAAUCACCUGCCCACUGGGAAAAGGUGCUCGAGGGAAUUCGCAAAAUGAGGUGUUCUGGAGAUGCACCAGUAGAUACUAUGGGAUGUGAGAAAGCUGGCGAUACACUACCUCCUAAGGAAAGAAGAUUUGCUGUCCUGGUAUCUUCUCUUUUAUCAAGCCAAACAAAGGAUCCUGUUACUCAUGGAGCAAUCCAACGCCUUCUUCAAAGUGGUCUGCUUACUGCUGAGGCAAUCAAUAAUGCGGAUGAAGAAACCAUCAAAAAGUUGAUUUACCCCGUUGGGUUUUAUACAAGAAAAGCCACUAACUUGAAAAAAAUUGCAAAUAUGUGUCUCAUGAAAUACGAAGGAGACAUACCUAGCUCAAUUGAACAACUACUUUUACUUCCUGGCAUUGGUCCUAAGAUGGCUCACUUGGUUAUGAAUGUUGGAUGGGACAACGUCCAAGGAAUAUGUGUAGAUACUCAUGUCCACCGCAUUUGCAACCGGCUUGGGUGGGUCUCAAGAUUGGGCACAAAACAGAGAACUUCGACACCUGAAGAGACAAGAGAGUCACUGCAACGCUGGCUUCCAAAGGAAGAAUGGGUUCCAAUAAACCCUCUAUUGGUAGGAUUUGGACAAACAAUUUGUACACCUCUGAGACCUCGUUGUGGAGAAUGUGGUGUAAGAGAGUUAUGCCCCUCAGCCUUCAAGGAGACUUCAAACUCAAGCCCAUCUUCCAAGUCCAAAAAGUCUGGACUCAACAAGAAGCUUUAACAUGGACCACCCCAAAAAACACAUGAAGCUUUAACCAUUUUUUUUUUUGGAUUUGGGUUCCUUUUUUUGUCACAGGUUUAAAAUGAACGACUCCUAGUUCUCUGUUCUAACAUGUACAUACAUAUUGCUAAGUACUGUUAUUAUUAGGCUUACAUUGCAUGCAACCCUUCACCUAGAGGUGUAUAUUUUUUGAAAAAAUAGUCGUAUUCACCGUUGGAUGAUCUGAAACUUGGUGGCUUUUAUAAGGAUUGAUUUUUAUAUUUUU